UUUUUUUUCAUUUUGCUAACUCAGCUGACUCAGCUCUGUAAUCGCUUCACUCUCUCUCUCUCUCUCUCUCUGUAUAUUCUAUGGAAGAAAGCUGGUUUAUGCGUAACCUCUAAGACGACGAGAGGAGCCUUUGAAUGUCAACGGAAGGAACCGGAAAACCAGAUCCAAUCACAAACCUGUCCUCUCCUCUGUAAAAAGCCUAUUAUUAGGAACAAAGCCUCUGCCUCCGCAACGUUUCCUUCUUCUCUUGCCGCCGAUUUAUCCGCUCCACCUUCUUCUCCACUCAGACAGAUCUAAGACUCGUCAUGGAAGUCCAAUAUCACGAGGUAUACAUAAGGAAUUCCAGAGGUGUUCAGCUCUUCACUUGCAGAUGGCUGCCUUUCUCUUCUCCGAAGGCUCUUGUUUUCCUUUGCCAUGGUUACGGCAUGGAAUGCGGUGAUUUCAUGAGAGGAUGCGGCACGAGACUAGCCAGGUACGGGUAUGCCGUGUUUGGGAUUGACUACGAAGGGCAUGGCCGGUCCAUGGGCGCCCCCCGCUGCUACAUCCACAAGUUCGACAACAUUGUCACCGACUGCACCAACUUCUUCAAAUCCAUCAGCGCACAGGAAGAGUACAGAGACAGCAAAAGGUUCUUGUAUGGAGAGUCCAUGGGGGGAGCCGUGGCUUUACUAGUGCACAAGAAGGAUCCCACCUUCUGGCACGGCGCCGUUCUUGUUGCGCCCAUGUGUAAGAUAUCGGAGAAGGUGAAGCCCCACCCGGUGGUGGUGAAUAUACUGACGAGGGUCGAAGAGAUCAUCCCUAAAUGGAAGAUAGUGCCCACAAAGGAUGUCAUUGAUUCCGCCUUCAAGGACCCUGCCAAGAGAGAAGAGAUUCGAGACAACAAGUUGAUAUAUCAAGGCAAGCCGAGGCUGAAAACUGCGCUAGAAAUGUUGAGAGCUAGCAUGAGUCUGGAGGAGAGUUUAGGCGAGGUAAGGAUCCCAUUUUUUGUGUUGCAUGGCGAGGCGGAUACAGUAACAGAGCCAGAAGUGAGCAAGGCGUUGCAUGAACAAGCCAGCAGCAAAGACAAGACCCUAAAGUUAUACCCAGGAAUGUGGCACGGCUUGACCUCGGGCGAACCAGACUUUAACAUUGAAAUGGUUUUCUCUGACAUUAUUUCAUGGCUUGACAAGAGAAGCGGAGACGACAACGCUCUUAGCAUGUCGUCGAUCGUCAACAUUUCAAUUGGUGGUGCUAAAUUGCCAACGACAACAGAUGGGAAUAAACCCCAAAGAACAUGGCUUCAAAGCCGGAGCAGCUACUUAUGCCGGUGGCGAGGGCGUCGCCCGCACCACCACUCUGCCAUGUAGAUAUUUCGAUAACCUUUUCUUAUUUAAGGGAUGUUUGUUAAUCAAGAUAUGAGAUAAAAAAAUCAAGAUAUGGAAUGCAUCCUGAACUUUUAUCCUUUCCAAUAUGUUUGUUAAGCUUAUCUGACUAUUUUAAAAAAAAUCAUCUUGUAGCCUCUUAUCUUGAUUUUUCAAGA